UCUGAUAUAUAAAUCCUUUUGAGUGAUAGUUUCUGGUUUCUAUUUAAUGAUUUAGGGUCCAAGAACAUACAGCGCCAAAGAGGAAAAAGAAGAGUGUUAAUCCUGAUCACCCAAAACGACCGAAAGUGAAUGGGUAUUCUUAUUUUUGUGGUGAGAUGACCAAGGAAUUGGUUAGUUCAGGCAUAAAAGGUGUGCCUCUGAUGCUGAAAUUGUCCACGAUGUGGAAAGAACUGUCCGAGAAAGAAAGAGCAAAGUAUAAUUUGAAAUGUGCUAAGCAAAAAGAAGCUUACGUGAAAGAAGUAAUGGAGUACUCACAAGCACAUCCUGACGAUAUGGAGAUAAAAAAGAUCCUUGAAGAUGAGACACAUAGAAAGGCAAAGGUUUCUACCUCAAAGAAGACUACUAAAACAAAGGAAGAAUUAGAGUCAAGCGAGUUGGACGAUACAAUGAACACAACAAUGAAUGACACAGGCAGAACCAGCACACCAUUGAAAACUCCAAAAAAGAAAAAGAGGCAACAUGAUGAUGACAGCCAGGACUCUAGCCCAACAAAGAGUAAGAAGUCGAAAGUAAGGAAGGUUUGGACGGCAGAAGAGAUGCAUUUUGAAAGCAAAUAUGCAGAUUAUAAAGCCGAACAUCCGGACAUGGACGACGAUGUAGUGCGGAGAAAAAUUGCAAGCAAGUUUAAAAGGUUGUCCGAGGAGAAAAUAGCAAAAUACAAAAGAAAAGCAGAACAGAGGAACGAUGAAAGUGACUAGUCUAGAGUUAAUUUCUGAGUUUGAAUUUCUAUUCUACUCCAUAAAGUGUUCAUAUUCAUCCCCCAUUAUGUGGUGGGAAUAAAAGUAUGCUCUUGCCGGACAUUUUUGAUGACUUUACAGCUGCUCAAAGAUAGAGAUGUUAAAUGAGUUAUUGGAUUGACCAUAUACUAUUUUCUUGUGUGGCAGUUGAUGUCUAGAGAUAGUUUUUUAAACUUCAUUUGUUGACUGAAAUACUGUGAGGAGGGUUAUCGCCCUGUGAAUGAAAUAUUUUAGUAUUAUUGUUAUAGUUUGAAGAUUCUUUCUGAAACCUAAUGUUGUGACUAUGUCAUUUACUUAGCGGUCUGGGGUUACAAUAUUGGUCAUAAGGAGCAAUUUUUUUGUGAUUUUAGGAGAAUUUAUAAAAAAAAUAGUGAUGGAAAUAUUGAGAAUAUGUUUCAUUUAUACCUGUCAUGUGUUCUGUAGUUUCUAAUCAGAUAGUUACCUUAAGUUUGGUACAGAUAGAUACCUUAAGUUUGGUACAAAAUGAUGUAGCGAUCUGUAGUUAAUUAUGUAAGUUUUUUAUUGCACAUGUAUAGAAUUACUAAGGUAAAUGUACGAGGAUCUUUCAUCGACUACCAGUGUAGACCGGAUCACUAGCUGGAGGGUAACUGUUUACGGUGUUAAACAGGCUCUGCCGAGUUGCCACUAAACAGUUAACCGAGAGCUAGACAUUCCUCUCUGUAACGACAGGCGGUGUUUGAUUAUUUUUCUUGCAUAUUACAUGUUAAUCAUAUAUCAGAGAAAAAAAGUCUUGUAGUAGUCUAUGAAUUUACAAUUUCAUUCAUAAUGGCAAAAUGAUGUCAUUCUAAGAACGAAAUUCAUUCUUAUAAGGCGCGCAGGAAUGAUGUCAUUUGAAGCACGCAACUUGUGUAAACUGUAGAAUUAUCCUUUCUGAUAUGCAAGAAAAGGUUUCCUUUAAUGCUGAAAUUCUCGUAUUGUUAAGUUUAUUUUUUGGGAUGGGAAUAUGGUAUAUUAUGAAAUCAAUCAAGGGAAACUUGUGUUCAAUUUACUCAUGGAGUAUUACCUGCAACAAUGAUUUGCCAUUUCCAGUUUUAUAAAGCCAGGGGAGUCAACACUUGCUAAUGGUUAUUUGUCUUUUACUGUAAAAAUCAUUCAAGAUUGGGAGUUGGUUUUUACAGAAUUUAUUUUAGUUUGAUAAUCUAGGAAGCUAUAAGCUUAUAAACACACAUUCGAAUCUGUUCCUGGAACCAACCAGUACUGAGCAAUAAGUGUAAAGUGUCUUGCUAAAGGAAACAAUGGCUUUCCCAUGAAGGGGUUUUGAACCCGCAUAGCCUGU